AUGUGGAAUUUCGUCACGGUUUUGGAUGUUUGUGACGGAGCCCCCAGGAAUCACAUAGAGGUUGAUGCGGCCGUUCGUUGCUAUCCUAGCCCACACAGAACGGCGGACGGGGAUCAUUUUGACCCCUUUAAUUUUGUCAUGGAGAGUCGUGUUUUUGAGGUCUACAAAGUGUCUAGUGCUUUCAAGCUUUUUAUUCAUGAUGAUAUCUUGCUGCAUAUAAAGAAAUGUACAGAAUCCGAAGCUCAUCGGCAACUUGGAAAUAAAGACUGGACGUUAUCUCUGGCUGACUUAGAUGCUUUAGUCGCUAUACUGUAUGUUCGAGGAGUAAUAGGAUCAAAGGGCUUAGAUUUAUAUCCCUUGUGGUCCGAAGUGUGGGGAAUACCAUUUUGCAAAGAAACUAUAUCAAGAGAUGGAUUCAAAAAAGUAAAACGAUUUUUAAGGUUCGAUGAAAAGACAACAAGAUCGACUCGAUUACAGACUGAUAAAUUUGCUCUUGCAUCAGACAUGUGGGACAAAUUUAUUGAAAGCUGUAAAACGGGCUACCGGCCAGGACAAAAUAUUACAGUUGAUGAACAAUUAUUCCCAUCUAAAGCUAGGUGUAGAUUUACACGAUAUAUGCCUAAUAAACCUGAAAAAUUUGGAAUAAUAUUUGGUUAUAUGUCGAAGUUGAUACUAAAUACCUCUUGA